AUGUCGAGCUCCCAAGGUCCCCAGAGCCCCAAGGGCCCCGAGAGCCCCAAGAGCCCCAAUAGUCCCGGGGGUAAAGCAGCUUCCCCUGAACCAAAUCCGGCACCACCUGCGAUUGUGGCGCUCAGCGCCGAAGAAUCAAGGGAAGCUGGUAUCCUACCAGGCGCCCACUGGACAGAGCAACCGAUUGAGCAAGUAGACGACGAUGGUGCCUCCACUAUUGGAUCCGUUGCCUCCACCACAGCCUCCCUCACUUCGAGCAUUUUCGAGUACCGGACCGUCCACGGAAGAACUUACCAUGGCGAUAUUGGUAAUGCGGAAUCAUGGGAGCCUAACGACCAGCGUCACGUUGAUUCUAUGGACAUCAUGCACCACACUUUCAUGCUUUCCCUCGGGGACAAGCUUUUCCUCUCGCCGCUCGAAAAGCAGAAGAUCCAUAAGGUGCUUGACAUAGGAACAGGUACCGGUAUUUGGGCAAUUGACUUUGCCGAUGAAUUCCCCAACGCCGAAGUGAUCGGAACCGACGUGUCCCCCAUUCAGCCUUUCUGGAUUCCUCCAAACGUCAAGUUCGAGCUCGAUGAUUGCAACCGAGAAUGGACUUGGAAUGAGGACUCCUUCGAUUUUAUCCAUCUUCGUUUGCUGAUUGGCGUUGUGUCCGAUUGGUCUAAUGUUUUCCGCAACGCUUUCCGCUGUGCUAGGCCGGGUGGAUAUGUCGAGAGUCUGGUUACUAGUACCUAUUUCCAUAGUGAUGAUGGAACAGUCAAAAAGGGGAGCGCUCUGGAGCAGUGGCAUAAUAUCUUUUGGGAGGGCGGUAAAAAGUUGGGAAGAACGUUUAGGGUUAUAGAGGAUGAUCUUCAGAAGAAGGCCAUGGAGGAGGCGGGGUUUGUUGACAUUACAGUCAAUGAUAUCAAGAUUCCCGUGGGCACCUGGCCAGAAGAUAAAAGGUUGGCCGAAAUUGGCCUAUGGUGGAAGAUGGCUGCCGAAUCAGACCUUGAGGGCUACCUCAACUACCUCUGUAACGUUUUGUUGGGUUGGACUUCGCAGGAGACUGCGGCAUAUUGUGCCCAUGUCAAGAAAGAGUGGGCUGAUACCAAUAUCCACAGCUAUUUCUGGCUGCGUGUGGUAUAUGGUCGGAAGCCGUAG